AUGGCGACCUCCCGAAACCCAGUCAUCGGCGCCCUCGCGGUCCUCUUAGCAUCCUCAUCUCAUGUAUCCGGUCUUCGCGUCCCCCACCACGCAACAGUCGCCUCGCGAGAAGUCGCCGCCAAUACAGAAUACGACUUUCUCAUCGCCGGCGGCGGCGUCUCCGGCCUCACCGUCGCAGACCGCUUGACCGAGGACCCCAACGUCAAUGUCCUCGUCAUCGAGACAGGCCCAUUUGACAAAGACGAAGACAGCGUCCUCAUCCCCGGCGCCUUCAACCCCGUACCGUACCUGUGGCCAGACCUUAUCAGCGCACCGCAGACGGAGCUCAACAACCGCUCGUUCCUUGUUCCUGCUGGGAGAGUCGUCGGCGGCGGGUCGGUCGUCAAUGGUAUGGUGUUCGUCCGCGCCGGCAAGGCCGAGUACGCGGCCUGGGAGAAAUUGGGCGCUGAGGGGUGGGGGUGGGAUGGCAUUUUUCCAUACUUCAAGAAGAGUGAAAACUUCACGGCGCCUCCGCAAGACUUCGCCGAUGCCGCGAACAUCUCGUGGAUCGAUGCAGCCCACGGACAUAGCGGUCCCGUUCAAGCUUCGUACCCGAAUUACUUCUUUCCCGGCGCCGCGAACUUCUGGCAAGCCGCUCUCGAAAGUGGCUUCACGCCGUCCCCGGAUCCUCUCGCCGGCGACCACGCCGUGGGCCUCUUCAACUUUCCCACUCUAGCUGACGCAACGACGCGCACCCGUAGUCAUGCCCGGCGCAAUCACUACACCCGCGUCAAGGACGCUCGUCCGAACUAUCAUAUCCUUGCCGAGCACACUGUUGCCCGCGUGCUCUUCGAAGGGAAGCGGGCCAUCGGGGUUGAGUACUUGCCCACGGCUGGCGGCGAGAAGGUCAGCGUGUAUGCAACCAAGGAGGUGCUGCUUGCUGCUGGAGGGGCUCAUACGCCGCAGCUGCUUCAGCUCUCUGGCAUCGGGAACAAGGAGUUCUUGGAGGGAUUGGGAAUUGAGGUCGUGGAGGACUUGCCUGGCGUCGGUGAGAACUUCCAAGAUCAAGCAGACCUGAAGGUUCCUUACACCUUCACGAACCAAAUCUUCCCCAACUCAGGAUCCCUCGACACCAACGCAACCUACGACGCAGAACAGCGCGCCCUCUACGACACCGCCAAACAAGGCGCCUACACCAUCAUCCGCACCCUCGGCACGAACCUCGUCCUCCCGCCCCUCUCCAACGCCACCUCCGACUACCUUUCCCUCCUCGCCACCGCCGCCGCGACCGACCCCCUCGCCCAUCUCGCCCCAGAAACGCCCCCCUCCAUACAGGAAGGCUACAAACUCCAGCGCGAGCUCAUCCUCACCCAGCUCGCGGGCCAGGAAGUCCCCAUCGGCAUGAUCCACUGGGGCACCGGCCCCAGUCUGACGCUCUACUUCCUCAAGCCCCUCAGCCGCGGCACCGUGCGGAUCCGCACCGCGGACCCGCUCGCGCAGCCGGUGAUUGACUUCCGCACGGGCGCGGACCCGGUGGAUUUCGACCUUGCGAUUGCGCUGUUUGAGAAGUCGAGGGAGGUGAUGACUGCGCCGGCGAUGCAGGUGCUCGGUCCGGCGGCGGGUGCGCCGUUUGGGGGCGUCACGGACCGGGAGGAGUUGAAAGCGUUGUUGAGGGCUAAUAUGACCCCGUCUAAUGCGCAUGAGUGCUGUACGGCGGCGAUGAUGCCGAGGGAACGCGGGGGCGUUGUGGAUCCGAAGAUGAGGGUGUAUGGGGUGGGGGGGUUGAGGGUUGUGGAUAUUAGUUACUGGCCGAUGUUGUUGACGGCCGGGCCUACGGCGACGACUUAUGCAAGCGCAGAGAAGGUUGCGGAUGUGAUUAAGGAGGAGUAUGGUUUGGGGUCUUUGUGA